UGAAGAAGUAGUUGAGAGACAAGCAUGGUGGAAGGUCCGAGGAGGCAAGAUGGCUUACAGUGUACUUCAUUGUUUUAAAAGGAUAAACUUGCCUGUUUUUAAUGCUUAUAACGAGCUUUUUGUUAACACUCUACGGAUUCAGUCUCGUAGUUAUGCUAGUAAGAAACCAGUUACCAAAGGCAAAGGCAAAGGAAUGGUGAAGGAAGUUUUUAAGGGUCCAGAAGUCUGUAAGGAUCCAGUGAGACUUUGUACACAUGCAGUUGGAGUCAACAUCUUCAAACAAGGCGAGGACCCUCUUAUUAAACCCAGGGAGGAAUAUCCAGAAUGGUUGUUUCAGUUGGACCUCGGUCCCCCCAAAAACCUCAACGAAUUGGAACCAGACAGUCGGGAAUACUGGAAGCUUUUAAGGAAGGAGCAUAUUUGGAGACAUAAUAAACUGCAUAAAGGCAAAAAGAUGUAGAGGGUUUGGACAGAAUCAUGCGUCUUUGAGAGCAAGACCUAGGGGAACCUUUGCUUUCCCAGCAUUCACAGCGGACAUCACCUGAGGCACAGCUUGAGAUGUGUUUCUCUUCAGAGGGGACUCUUCCAGUGUAACGAACAAAUCAGUGCUGACAAUAACAAGUGAACUUUUUCAGUUUUGCUGGUUGUGUUGGAUCUACUGUGUCUGAGGAUCAAGUGCUUGUAUUUUUGUUGUCAUUCUUUGUAUUACUGUUAACCUCGUUGUGUUACUGUUCUCAAUUCUGUCGCGUGAAAAAUAAAAUUUCUAAUGCAAAAUGUCAAAAA